AUGGCCGACUUAGAGAGAACGGUGCUCGAGUACUAUCAAGUCUCGAACCCGUACCCGGUGGAAUGGCCCGCCGAGAAGAACAAUAGCGACGCGUCCGACGAGGAGGAUACCAAGUCAAAACUGAAUCGCCGCAAGUCGAGAUAUCAGGCGCUUGAACGUGCAGUCAGCAACCGGAGUAGCGUGAUUCCUGGUCAGGAGAAGUCAGCGAAUGGAGUCGGAAAUAUUGUUCAGAAAGAUGAGCCGGAUCCGCUGGGCACCACAGACAGUGUGGUGCGGACGUUGAAGCAGCUUGGUCUUCCGUUGCAAGAUGAUCCCAAGCUCCGCAAUCGGUUCCUGCUCUCCUCUACUACAUUCUCGCCCGCCCUAUUCCUGUCGCAGAUGCAUUCAACUGCGGAUACUCGCUCUUUGCUUCAAGGUCUCGAUGUGCUGUCACAAUCUAUCGAUCAGAAGUCCGCCUCUCUGAAAGUGCUCGUGGAGUCCAACUUCGAGCGCUUCGUUCGUGCAAAAGCCACCAUUGAUAAUGUCUACAAGGAGAUGAAGUACCGAGGUGCAGAUCCGACACCUACUCGACAGCGAGGUCACUCGCGGCAUGCUAGUAGAAAUAGCUUUCGCAGCAGCAGCGGAGGCAUGGGCAUGACGAGUCCACUUGCGCCUGCCGCGGACCCUCGUAAGAAGAACGCGCUGAUCAAGGAAAGCGAGUAUGGCGUGAUGGGCAUCAAAGUGCCUCUGCUUGAUGUCUUGGCAAAAGCUGAAGAUGUCUGGGGUCCCGCAUUGGGUGGCAGAGAAAAGGAGGAGAAUCUGAGAGUAGUUGCGUCCUCCCUCGAGCGGUAUAAGGAAUACGUCGAAACCAGCGCUGCUAUUUCCGAUAGCAUCAAGCGGAAAGAUCAUGAGAGCCUAGUGGAAGAGUACACCAAAGCAAGGAGAUGGGCUGAUGAGGCACGGGGUAUCGCACAAGAACUUGGCUCAGCUCAACCAACCGAUGCGCAACUCUACCAAAUCGUUUUGGCAGCGCGGAUGUGGCAUGAUGUCGAUGAGCAAAUUCAAGCUUUUAAGCGAGAUAUCUGGAGGAAGCUGAUAUCUCUCCACAACGUGUCGAACUCGGAUACCCCUGGCCAGCCGCAAGACCAGCACAUGGAACUCAUCAGUCUGCUCCUAGAAUUGGGUGUUGAGGACAAUCCUAUCUGGGUCUGGCUGCUGAGCCGCUAUGAUUAUCUCAAGGGCAAGAUACAAUCUACUGCAGACCGAUCGAAGAUCGAGAUCGAGGUCUUGCGUCGACGAUUAGCUAAUGGCUCGUCACCGGGACCGCAACUUAUAGCAUCGCAUCUCAAGUUUUUGGGACGGCAGAGCAUGGAAAGCAAACUCGCGUCGUUCGACACCCCUGAUAUAGUAGAGCUGUGGGAGAAGAUGGUAUCCUUUCUCUCUAGUUUGUUGUCAUCAAAGGGCAUCAUUGGCGAAGUUGUCGAGUUUUGGCAGACCGUCCAGGGCUUUCUCGAUGGCAAGACCCAAAGAACCUUGCCAAUGGGCUACAACGGCGAGUCAAAGAAUCACCACAGGCUCUCCCAGCAGGGCGUCGUUGACCUGCAAAAGGGCACUGUGGAGUUGGUCGACAUGUACGUUACGACCUUGUAUAAAUCGCUAAGCGGUAUGGUGGAGAAUGCAGAAAGAUCUAUCAAGAAGGCAGACGAUGAUUGGACAACGGAGGUUGAUGGAUACGUGAUCGUCAAUGGAGCAUCAGACCGCGCGCCGAGCAUGGGCGGCGGUACUGUAAAUGCAGGCGACAGAAAUGUCCGUAUGCUCUUGACUUUAAGUAACCUUCAAUCCCUCCGAGCGGAGGUCGUCCCAGGCCUCAACACCCAAUUCGAGAAUGCUUUCUCUGUUAAACUUACCGACGAAACGAAAACAAUCCGUGAUGUCUUAGGACAAAUAGAUGCCCGACUCUUUCAGUCAUAUACCAGACCAUCCAUCGAGGCACUGCGCAAAAUUGUGCGUGACGGCGUAACAGCUGCAGAUUGGGCCCCUGCUACGCCAACUGAGAAGCCGCGAGAAGUGAAGCCGUACGUGUACGAAGCUCUACUCACCCUUGUGCUCGUCCACACGCAGGUAUCGACUACAGCCAAUUCUCUCACAAGUCAAGUUCUCUCGUACCUAUUGGAACAGACCUCGCGCGAGCUGCUUGAGGCCUUCAAGACCCGUCCCAAGUACAACCUGUCUGCGUUGAUGCAAGCAACACUUGAUGUCGAGUUCGUGGCGCAGACGUUGAGCCAGUACAUGACGGAACGGGCAUCUGAGCUUCAAAGCCAGAUCUAUCAAGAGCUUGAUGGCCGGACGGACAACGAGGCGAGGGCAAAGCUGCAGAAUGAAUUGCCCGAGAUGCGAAGCGUGUUGAAACGGCUGCGGGAGUCGAGCAAGAACGAGUUUGCCUGCUUCAGGAAGCCGAAGCGGGCUCAGGGUGACUCGAGGAGGGAAACAACUUCCUAG